UCAUUGAUGAAACUGGAACUGCUAACAUUUUAAUUUUUGUUGGCUAUGCUACCGGCGAAAUUGAUUGUCCAAUUAAUGUAACAGUAAAUUGAAUGGUCGUCUUAGUAUAAAAAAGAGCGAUGAAUUUAACUUUGUUGAUACAAAACAUAUUUGCAUAGCUUCUCCAUGACUACAUUGUUAACAAGCUCAAAUGUUGCAUUGAGGUCCUUUAAUGACCUCAACCGAUUAGUCCAAUUACACCCUCGCACUCAAAGGGUCCAGCUGAGGUGCAAACUUGCUGGUGACAUCGAAACAGAUGAGUCCCGAAUAUUACUGGAGGGUGUUGUUACAAGUUCCGCUAAUUAUGUCCCAUUGACACCAAUAAGUUUCUUGGAGAGAGCAGCAGAUGUUUUUGGCGAUAGAACUUCGGUUGUGUUUGGGUCUAGUGUGAAGUAUACAUGGGAAGAGACACAUUCUAGGUGUCUAAAACUUGCUUCUGCUUUGGUUCAGCUGGGGAUUUCAAGGGGAGAUGUGGUUGCAGCUUUGGCUCCGAAUGUACCAGCAAUGCAGGAGCUGCAUUUUGCAGUACCAAUGGCGGAAGCAGUUCUCUGCACAUUAAAUACUCGUCUUGAUUCAUCAAUGGUUGCUCAUUUGCUGAAACAUUCAGAAGCCAAGAUAAUAUUUGUUGAUCAACAAUUGCUCCAAGUUGCUCAACAAGCACUCACUCUUCUUUCAAAACACAAAAUUAUUCUUGUGCUAAUACCUGAAUAUGAGAAUUCCUCUUUGACAUAUGACAUUCACGAAUACGAAAAACUUCUGUCAAGUGGGAGUAGCAAUUUUACAAUAAGAUGGCCAAAAAGUGAAUUUGAUCCUAUCAGUAUCAAUUAUACUUCCGGUACAACAUCCUCGCCCAAAGGGGUCGUGUACAAUCACAGAGGCGCAUAUCUCAAUUCAAUUUCUACUUUCCUAUGUCAUGGCAUGGCUCCGAUGCCAACGUACCUUUGGACACUUCCAAUGUUUCACUGCAAUGGAUGGUGCAUGAAUUGGGGAGUGGCUGCACUUGGUGGCACAAAUGUUUGCCUUAGACAUGUCUCAGCGAAAGAUAUAUUUGAAAGUAUUUCUGUCAACAAGGUCACACAUAUGAGUGCAGCACCAAUUGUCUUGAGUAUGAUGGCAAAUGCUUCACCAAAUGACAGGAAACCACUUCCCCAUAAGGUCGAUAUACGGGUAGGCGGUUCACCACCGCCUCCACAAAUUAUUUCCAAAAUGGAACAACUCGGAUUUGGAGUAUCCCAUGGAUAUGGACUAACAGAAACUUAUAGUGCUGCUACGAGUUGCUUGUGGAAGCCUGAGUGGGAUUCUUUGCCCCUUGAGGAACGAGCUGCGCUUAAAUCAAGACAAGGGGUACAAGUUCUUUGUAUGGAAAAAGUUGACGUUAGAGACCCGGAGACCAUGGAAAAUGUGCCAGCUGAUGGAAAGAGCAUUGGUGAGAUUGUGUGCAGAGGAAAUACUGUGAUGAGUGGAUAUUUGAAAGAUGUUAAAGCAACUGAAGAAGCUUUUAAAGGCGGAUGGUUUCAUACUGGUGAUGUUGCAGUGAAACAUCCAGAUGGAUAUAUAGAAAUUAAGGAUCGGCUGAAAGAUAUUAUAAUAUCUGGAGGUGAAAACAUAAGCACACUCGAAGUGGAAGGAGUAUUACAUAGUCAUCCUGCAGUUGUUGAGGCAGCAGUAGUCGCACGACCAGAUGAUCAUUGGGGACAAACACCUUGUGCAUUUGUAAAGCUGAAAGAAGGAUCUGAAGAAAUAACUUCAGAUGAAAUAAUUAAAUAUUGUAGAGAUCAUUUACCACAUUACAUGGCACCUCGAACAGUCUUAUUUGAAGAUUUACCAAGAACUUCAACUGGCAAAGUACAAAAAAUCAUCUUGAGAGAGAAAGCAAAAGCUUUGGGCAGUCUUUUCAGCACUGAAAGAAAUGUGUAAUAAGUACUACUUUUUUGUUCAUUCAGUACUGGUAUAGCUGUUUCAACCAUAAAAAGAAAAUAUAAUAUCAUUAAUAACAGAUAAUAUUAAAU